GAAGCGGAGGCGAGCCGAGUCACCAGCCUGCUCGGGAGUUGCCCAUUGCCGCGUCGUAUCGUAAAAAGAGUAGCCUUUAAUAGUCAUCGAGUGUCUAAAAUCGAACGCCCAUUUUUCGAGAUAAUAUAAAACUCGGUACAGUUCUGCGACUAUUGAACAGUUGAAACUGGGGUGGAGUUAGAGUGAGAUGCCAGUGUAGCUUUUGCCACCGAGUGUAGUUCUAAUUGAGAGACAAUGCAGAGCACGCAACCGAUGAGCCUACAGACGCAGAGGAUCCAGGGAUUCUAUAUCCUUGACAACAACGACAGCUCCGGUAUUCCUCACAGCGCCGGCAGCUCGGCGAGCAACUCGCCGGACCAUUACGCGAGAUUCUCUCCGCCGACGCACCUGAUGGACCUCAGCAGCCCGCCGGAGCACAAACACUUGCCGGGUUAUCAACCACAUCACCACCACCACCACCACCACCAUCAUCAGACGUUGUAUCAACAGCCUGGGUACUUGAUGUACGAGAAUCCUGACGAAAACAAGAAGUACCAGGAUAGUAAAAUCCUCAGGGAUCUCCAGACCGACUAUGACAGACGAUUGCACGACAACUCACCAGGAUUCCUGUCAGAUCACAGCAGAGAUCAUGAACAGAGUCUGUACCUUACGCCCUCUCCUCAAAUGUACUCCUCCAGUGGCGAAGAAAUAGCGCCGGGACAGGGCCAAGGUUAUCACCACUUGGAACCGGUGGAGUACAAACCUGAGGUGAUGGACUUCAAGCCUGAAAUUGAACAGCAGAGGUACAAACAGGUGGAGAUCGGGCAGACGGAACCCUCGUCGUCUACCAAGAGUUACAUGGACGAGGGGAGAAACAGUGCCAAGAGGAAAAGGAAAUCUAGUAGCAUCGAGAACGAGUCUGAGGAUAGUAAUGCAUCGUCGACGAAGAAUAAAGUAAGGAGGAAGACCGGGGCGAGCUUCGAGGAGAUACAGAAUCAAAGGGUGAUGGCGAACGUGCGCGAGAGGCAGAGGACUCAGAGUUUGAACGAGGCUUUCGCUGCGCUGAGGAAGAUCAUACCUACUUUGCCUAGUGACAAGCUUAGCAAAAUCCAGACGUUGAAGCUGGCUACUAGAUACAUCGACUUUCUCUUUCAAGUGUUGCAUUGUAACAUGGAGAACACUGACACCACCGAAGAGGCCAGUGGAGAUAGAAAUCCAAGAAGCGCGGUGUUAGCAGCGAGGGAGAUAACUUCGUCGUCGUGCAGCUACAUGGCUCACGAGAAGCUCUCGUACGCGUUCAGCGUUUGGAGAAUGGAAGACGAUUGGAAUUCGAAUCUCUGAGGGAGAACGUCGUCUCCGUUACGGGCGAAAGGUAUAAGAAAAAUAAUCUCAGGGCGACUCAGUGAUCUUCCUGUUACACGGAUUUCCUAUUUUCGCUGGCACGAAAAUAUCGAAACUUUCGUAGGACGCCGAUUGAAUGAAAACGGUUCAAAGAAACAAAUCAGCUGAGAUCAAGCAAGACGAAGAAGGUAUUUCUUAUCCAAUUUAAAAAUCCACAUGAAGAAUAGAAAGUGGCUUAUUUCUUUUCUUAAAUUAAGGAGUAGUCGACUGGACUAAUUCUUUUCUAAACCAAGCCGACUUAGAUAGUAAAAUCAUAAAACACGGUUGGCCAUAUAACAAUUAAAGUAUGUUGCCAGAGGAUCUUUCUUAAUAAGUAAAUUAGGAGACACGUUGUUCCUGAAACUGGUACCAAAAGACGUAUACCAAAGAAUCUGUUAACUCUCCUCUAAAGUAGAUGCACCAAACGGGAGUCACGUUUGCUGUUAAUUAAGUUUGUACGCGACACAUCGGAUCAUUUUAUUCUCGGUUACGUUCUUUGAAACGCGAGAUGGUGCCCGAUUUUAAAGCCAAUAAUUUAAGCGUUUACAGCGAAUUAGAGGUUUGGCCAGCUGGCCAAUUCCAUCCGAGACUACCGCGUGAAACCUGUUAUUAACAAGUAUCAAUCUUGGAAACGACGCGGAAUGUUCUAUGAAAAUCUUGUUGGCAGAGUUACUCGCGAUACACGCAGAUUACAGUUUUAUAUAGACACGUAAAGAAUGUUCGCAUCAAAGAAGCUGUCUCGAGCGAAUUAUAAUUAUUAUCAAUUGACAAACAAUUCUGUUGUUCGAUACGAAACGCGGGUUUCUAUGUGGUAAAAGAAAAGAGGUACAUAGUACGAAGCUAGUAGCGACCUGUAGGCGCCGAAAUGCUCGUUAAUGCCUCCCCUGCCGGUUGUCUUGUUUUGUUUAAGUUUCAUCUACCCGUCGGGUAGCAGUUUCAGCUUGUUUCCACAGCGUCUCGGCGCCCGUAGCCGGCCGCGAUCAUCACGGCCCAUAAAAAAACUCGUAAAAUUGUAGCAAUGACGCUACUGUCUGUCGCGAGAGCAUUGGAAAGGGAAAAUCGGACCCGGGUUCGGGGAAUUCGAACGUACAAUUGAUUACACCCCUUUUUACGGACUUAGUAAAGACAAAGUGCGAUUUCCUUCAAGUUUAAACUGUUAGACCGUCAUAAAUUCACCGUAACGGAUUUUCAAGGGACAGUGACACACGGAAAUCACAUUGGAAAUUCCCGUAACAAUUGUAAUCCUCUCAUAUAUAUGAGGGCCAGCUUUCCCUUCGAGAACAUGUUCCCAACUAGUAAUAUAUUCACAUUUGAUGUAUGAAAUAAAAUGCUUGAACAAUUCAAGAUGUACAGUGAAAUAAGAAGACAGAAUGAUCCGAAAUACGGGAUACAUUGAACGGUGGAAUUUCUGGUUUUGUUUCACGCGAGUGCAUGAAAAUGUAAGUCCCGAGCGAGUUUCCACCGCGAGGCGAAAGGGCGGCCGGGGUUUAUUUUAAACCGAGAAGUAAGGCAAGAAGGAAAAGUUUCUCGUUUGACUCGCUUAACGAAGACACGCUACGUUAAAUCCGCCAGCGUCUUUAUUGCCGCACUGAAUCUUCGUGAAAAAAAGCUGGAGUCCAAACGAGGUGCCAUCGCCGUUCCUCCUUACUCCAGGGCACGUCAGAACGCUGGUCCCUAUGUACCUCUUUCCGUUGUACGAUACGAGCGAACAGCAAACGUGACGAGUCCUCCAACUGAAAUUUUUAUAAUACGAUUGUACUCGGAGUAUGUCAAGGAAUCAAUGUUACGCGUCGUCGUUGUAGCAUCGACUGUGGCGUCGAAGUAUGAGUGAUUUUUAUACAAUUGUUAUUUAAUUAGAGACGAGGGCCAAAGGUACUGUGCAUAUUAUAACUAAUUCGUUCAUCGCCUUAAAAAUAGUUUUAAGCUUGUAGUGCCAUAGAUAGCGUAAUCGUUUUAGAAUUAGCAAAAUUAGUUAAUACGCGAUGCGAGCAGUUAAAAAAAAAAACAAGUAACGCUCGAGAUUUCCACUAAUAUAAUAGAACCAUGUAUCAUAAUUAAUUUAACGACAAAGCGUAACGUUUCGUACGUGCAUACAGCUAGACAAACCAAAGAUCUUGUAUAUAAUAGGAUAAAAAUCGUAGCUUUUAGAUGGUAGCGUAGCUUAGCGUUAAGUAGAGAUGGCCGGAAGUCGCAAUAAUUUAUUCACCGUCCAAGUGAUUCUUGUACAUAGCUAUGUAAAUAGUAGAAGUUUUAUUUUUUUUUAAACGAGACACUUGGAUGUUCAUUCCUAUACAAACUGUGCCAAAGUGCAUUUUUUUUUUUAAAUCAUUCUUAUCGAACGCUCGCUCGUCUUUUUAGCUAAUAUAUAACAGUAUUUUUUUACGGACUGCGAGAAAUAAAAAAAUGACUACCGAACAAUGA